GAGCCCGCAUCAUGGAUGUCGAGCUCUCCCAUUUCGCGUUGCUCGCCUGGGCAUUCGAGACCCCAGCCGAGGGCCAGGAUUCAUGAACCGGUCGCCGGGGCCCGGGCAGGGGCCUCUGGCUCCCAGCGCUGGCCGAGAGGUGAUGAGUGAGGUCAGAAGAUCAGAAGAUUUCAAAAGCCACGGGGGCCUCCGUAUUGAAUGAAAGACCCAGUGCAAAGGCAUCGCCAUGAACACGAGCAUUCCUUAUCAGCAGAAUCCAUACAAUCCCCGGGGCAGCUCCAAUGUCAUCCAGUGCUACCGGUGUGGAGACACCUGCAAAGGGGAAGUGGUGCGUGUCCACAAUAACCACUUCCACAUCAGAUGCUUCACCUGCCAAGUGUGUGGCUGUGGCCUGGCCCAGUCAGGCUUCUUCUUCAAGAACCAGGAGUACAUCUGCACCCAGGACUACCAGCAACUCUAUGGCACCCGCUGCGACAGCUGCCGGGACUUCAUUACGGGCGAGGUCAUCUCUGCCCUGGGCCGCACCUACCACCCCAAGUGCUUCGUGUGCAGCUUGUGCAGGAAGCCUUUCCCCAUUGGAGACAAGGUGACUUUCAGCGGGAAGGAAUGUGUGUGUCAGACGUGCUCCCAGUCCAUGACCAGCAGUAAGCCCAUCAAGAUCCGAGGACCAAGCCACUGUGCGGGGUGCAAGGAGGAGAUCAAGCACGGCCAGUCACUCCUGGCGCUGGACAAGCAGUGGCAUGUGAGCUGCUUCAAAUGCCAGACCUGCAGCGUCAUCCUCACCGGGGAGUACAUCAGCAAGGAUGGCGUUCCAUACUGCGAGUCCGACUACCACUCCCAGUUCGGCAUUAAGUGCGAGACUUGUGACCGGUAUAUCAGCGGCCGAGUCUUAGAGGCAGGAGGAAAACACUACCACCCAACCUGUGCCAGAUGUGUCCGCUGCCACCAGAUGUUCACUGAAGGGGAGGAGAUGUACCUCACAGGUUCUGAGGUUUGGCACCCCAUCUGCAAACAGGCAGCCCGGGCAGAGAAGAAAUUGAAGCACAGGCGGACGUCUGAAACUUCCAUCUCACCCCCCGGAUCCAGCAUCGGGUCUCCCAACCGAGUCAUCUGCGCUAAGGUGGAUAACGAGAUUCUAAAUUACAAAGACCUGGCAGCUCUCCCCAAGGUCAAGUCCAUCUACGAGGUACAACGCCCAGACCUCAUUUCCUACGAGCCUCGUUCCAGAUACACGUCUGACGAGACGCUGGAGAGAUGUGGCUAUGGAGAGUCGCUGGGAACGUUAUCUCCCUACUCCCAGGACAUCUAUGAGAACCUGGACCUCCGGCAGAGACGGGCCUCCAGUCCCGGAUACAUCGACUCCCCUACAUAUAGCCGGCAGGGCAUGUCCCCAACCUUCUCCCGCUCACCUCACCACUACUACCGCUCUGGGCCCGAGAGUGGCCGGAGCUCUCCAUACCAUAGCCAGUUAGAUGUCAGGUCCUCUACUCCAACCUCUUACCAGGCUCCCAAGCACUUUCACAUCCCAGCUGGAGAAAGUAACAUCUACCGGAAACCCCCGAUCUACAAACGGCAUGGUGACUUGUCAACCACCACCAAGAGCAAAACAAGUGAAGACAUUAGCCAGACCUCCAAAUACAGUCCGGCCUACUCCCCAGACCCCUACUAUGCCGCGGAAUCUGAAUACUGGACCUACCAUGGGUCCCCCAAAGUGCCCCGAGCCAGAAGGUUCUCAUCUGGAGGAGAGGAAGACGAUUUUGACCGCAGCAUGCAUAAGCUCCAGAGCGGAAUUGGCCGGCUGAUCCUGAAGGAGGAGAUGAAGGCCCGGUCCAGCUCCUAUGCGGAUCCCUGGACCCCGCCCCGGAGCUCCACCAGCAGCCGGGAGGCCUUGCACACAGCUGGCUAUGAGAUGUCCCUCAAUGGCUCCCCGCGGUCCCACUACCUGGCUGACAGCGACCCCCUCAUCUCCAAAUCUGCCUCCCUGCCUGCCUACAGAAGAAAUGGGCUGCACCGGACGCCCAGCGCAGACCUCUUCCACUACGACAGCAUGAACGCCGUCAACUGGGGCAUGCGAGAAUACAAGAUCUACCCUUAUGAACUGCUGCUGGUGACCACAAGAGGCCGGAAUCGGCUGCCCAAGGAUGUGGACCGGACCCGCUUAGAGCGCCACCUGUCCCAGGAAGAGUUCUACCAAGUCUUUGGCAUGACCAUCUCCGAGUUUGACCGGCUGGCCCUCUGGAAGAGGAAUGAACUGAAGAAGCAAGCCCGGCUGUUCUAGGCAGAGGCUCUAUAAAUAUAUAUGCACUUAUAUAAAGAUAUAUGUAAAAUCUCUAUACUGAAGCUCGGUAUAAUCCUCUCUUGUGUAAUGGGACUCACUGCCUGCCAUGAGACUUGCUUUUCUGUACUGCCAGGCCAGCCCACGUCAUCGAGGUAUUUUUAUGCUCCUUUCUCUCUCUUUUCUAAGUGCUUUGGGGUUCGGGAAAGGAUUUGAGGGGACUCCCAUUCUUUGACCAGGGAGCCUUUUUAUACCGAAACAUCUGUCCCAACUUGAGUCCCCCAAGGUCCAACUCUCUUUCCUAAAGGAGGUGCCUGACGAAGUCUCCCUUCUCUCUGUGUCACGAUGCUUUUCCCUGGUCUCCAGGGCAGAUGGUGACCCCACAGUUGUCACACCUGCUAGCCCCUGAGGAGCCCUCCCAGGGGAGAAUCCACAGCCACCUCUGAAGUCACCAGGCACCUUUGAGAGCCCAUGAAGGAUUUUCUCAUCACUUCUCACUAGGGGGUGGGUAUUCCCUGGGAGGGUCUCAGCUAGGAGGGUGCCCCCAGAUCUCCUCAUUUGAACAGGACCCAGAAGUGGGUGGGGCCUGGCCUCUCUGUAGCCCUUUCAUCUUCCUUCCCUUGACCCCAACCUCUCCCUGGCCCAAAGCUAAGACUUGUGGUAGGAGAAGAAAAGGCACUUCCUUUCCCUGCACCACUCCAGCUGGCCCCUUUGGACGUGGAGAACCAGAGUGACGGGGCGGGCGCUGAGAAGAGGAGAGGGGACACCUGGUUGAAUGCAGCUGCAGGACCCUGAGACCCUCCUCCCCCUCGCCACCCCAGCACCUCCUGACCUUCCCCUUUGGAGGUGCGGCCCCUGGGGGCAGCCUGUAUUCUUCAGCCUUACUACAAUCUAUGUGCCUGACACUCAACACACCACAGGGCUAACGUGGCCACAGCUCCGACCCGACAGCUAGACAGCCACCUCUGACCACACACCUGAAGGUAACCUGGACCACACCCCCAAGAAAGUCCUCAGCCCACCGCUGGUCUCUAGGCUAGCAGGGCGACUGCCAGACCCCCCAGUCCUGGACUCCAGCUGCAAACUUGGCCGGGGCUCAUGGGGGAGAUUUCCGGAAGAAUGGCUGCUCACGAGAUUCCAAAAUGAAGCAUUGACCAGCACCGCUCCUGGUCAGCCUGGAUUUCCCCCAGUGACUGCCUUUCUUGCCUCCUUGCCUUCUGGGGCAGGGGUGAAAUCUUAACCAUCUCCCCUCCCACACCUUCGACCCCGAGUUGGUGAUGUCUGGUGGGGUCUGUUUCUUCUUGGCGAUACCUUGAGUUGGACUGUUUUGAAGACUGGAGGAAGGAUGAAGUAGAAUGACAGCUGAGACUCUCAGGGGCUUGUGAUGGGACUUGUCCAGAGUGGUACCGACUUCAAUUCAACAAAACCUCACUGAGCACCUGCUGAUGCUGAGCACCUGCUGUAGACUGAGCACAGGCAUGCUGGGAUGGUCCACAUGCACCAGUCUGGGGGACAUAGCUGCAGUGAUGGGUCUCAUAAGGCAGGACUCAAACAUGGUGGUUGUAAGGCAGGAAGUGCUGGGAGUGGGCAUGGGAACGUGAGUGACGUGACUGAGAAGGCAGGUGCAGCAGGUGCAGCAGGUGCAGCUCAAGAGAAGCUUUCUCAAAGAGAUGGCGUUUGAGCAAAGUUCAGGAAGGAUCUUUGUAAACAGGGAGGAGACUGUAGUUGAAAGGAUGAAAGGAUAAGGGGCCAAGAGGGGGGUGUAAUAUACUGUCAUUUAAAAUGUCCGCCCUCUCUGCAUCUUUUUUUUUUUUUUUUUUUUUUUUGGCCAAGGUCUUUCAAUUUUCCUGACCCUUUAGAAUGUCCCCAGCCAGACCAAUCACUGACACUGCCUCAUUAUCACUGGUUGAGAACUUGGUGAAAUUGAAGGGCUUUUGUUAUUGUUGUUGGAUAUUUUUGUUUCCCAUAAAAGCACAUAAUUUUAAGCCAGUCCUGUGUCCUUCUGUCAUUUCUAGCGUGUGUAGAAGUGCGUGGCUUGGGAAGAGGCUGAAUCACACACGUUAUUUCGAAAUAAAAAGAGUCUGGAAAG